CAUGCGCACUGAGCAGGGCGUCCCGGGCGUGUCCUCCGGGCAGAAGCCGCCGAGUGUCCGCCGAGUUCGCAGCGUCCGGCCGCUCAGCUCCAGCCGCGCCUCCCGACUCACCAUGGCCCAGCCACAGCUCAUGGAGAAGUGCUGCCUCUCAGUUUGCACUGCAGUGUCCUGAUAGCCACCCCAGGACUGACCACCACACCCAGCCUCUGAUGUCUGUUUAGACUGCCCUGCGCCUCAUCAUCUUCUGCCUUGGGAGGCUGAGCAGCCUGGUGGUUCUCAGAGGCACCGUGACCAACUUCCCUGGAUUCGAUGACCGAGCUGAUGCAGAAGUUCUUCGGAAGGCCAUGAAAGGCCUGGGCACAGAUGAGGAGAGCAUCCUGACUCUGCUGACAUCCCGAAGCAAUGCUCAGCGCCAGGAGAUUGCGGUGGCCUUUAAGACUCUGUUUGGCAGGGACCUUCUGGAUGACCUGAAAUCUGAACUGACUGGAAAAUUUGAAAAACUAAUCGUGGCUUUGAUGAAACCCUCUCAGCUGUACGAUGCCUAUGAACUGAAGCAUGCUCUGAGGGGAGCUGGGACAGAUGAGAAAGUGCUGACAGAAAUCAUUGCUUCAAGGACACCUGAGGAACUGAGAGUCAUCAAACAAGUUUAUGAAGAAGAGUAUGGCUCCAGCCUGGAAGAUGAUGUGGUGGGGGACACGGCAGGGCACUACCAGAGGAUGCUGGUGGUCCUUCUUCAGGCCAACAGAGACCCUGAUGCCGGAGUGGAUGAAGCUCUGGUUGAGCAAGAUGCUCAGGCUUUGUUUCAGGCUGGAGAACUAAAAUGGGGAACAGAUGAAGAAAAGUUCAUUACCAUCUUUGGAACACGAAGUGUGUCUCAUCUGAGAAGAGUGUUUGACAAGUACAUGACUAUCUCAGGGUUUCAAAUUGAGGAAACCAUUGAUCGAGAGACUUCGGGUAAUUUGGAACAACUACUCCUUGCUGUAGUGAAAUCCAUCCGGAGCAUACCUGCCUACCUGGCGGAGACACUUUACUAUGCCAUGAAGGGAGCUGGGACAGAUGAUCACACCCUCAUCAGAGUAAUGGUUUCCAGGAGUGAGAUUGAUCUGUUCAACAUCAGGAAGGAAUUCAGGAAGAAUUUUGCCACCUCUCUUUAUUCCAUGAUUAAGAGUGACACGUCCGGGGACUACAAGAAAGCCCUGCUGCUGCUCUGCGGGGGAGAGGACGACUGAGUCCUCCUAGGAGCCCCUCCGUCGGAGUGGCUGGCGCUGACCCUGCGCAGCAGUGGCCCGAGUGCUGUGGGGACAUGGGAGCCUCCGUCCUCACAGCCAGCCCUGCUGCCUCGCUCAAGUGCGCUCUGCAACGAGUGCCAGGCUUGGCUCUUGUAAGAGGCCGCUGCUUUUUGCCUCAGACGCUCAUCUACGUUAAGCCUGCAGCCAUGCCACCUUGGUUGUAACCCUAGCCUAGAAACUAUGUACUAAGGAAAUUUGCUAUUAAAUUAACCUGGAAAUGC